GUAAAUCUUUGGAAAUGUCCGAAAUUCCUUGUCCUUGCAACGCAGGAAAAGAUUCGGAGGAAGACGAAUCGCAGCCUCGUACCGACGAUGUUUAUCGAACGUGCAAGCUUCCGACGCGAUUUAUGUAUCCAAGACAGAAAUUGAAAAUGACAUUUGACGACGUCAAGUAGGAUAGAGAUUAUUCAACGACCGAAUAUACUUUAUCGCGCGAGUAAAUAACAAUCGGGCUUUGCUUCGUCGGUGACGAGAACGAGAACUUUCGUCCGACGCGAAGCGCAUUAGUCGCAUCGCAGAAGUAAGAAAAAGGGCGGAUUCUUCGAAUUGGAAAGAACAUCGAGUAUCUUAACGAUUACGAGCUUUCGAGCUUCAGGCGGGAGAAACUCGGACAAACGGCGUAUUUAUUGCCGCGCGAUAUCUCGAGAAAUGGUAAACGCGAGAGAAGUCGUCUAUAUGAAGAGAGAACGAUCUCCCACGGGGUCAGUGGAAGUUCAACUUCACGGCGAACGUCACGAUGAACGUCACGCCGUGCUUUCUCGUUCUCGUCUUACGAGUUCUCUCGUCUUCUCCGUUAUCCGCGUACGCUUACGCCGAGGAAGAAAUCGAUUGCCAGGUUUAUAAUCACCUUCACGUUUGUCUCUCGAACGGGAUCCUCGAGAGCGUAGCCUUCAAGGACGUGAAGGCCGUUCAAACGAUCGAGGACACGGAGCUUCAUCUCGAGGAUCUCGCCAUCACGGAUAUCAGAAAGAACGCGUUCGCGCGAGUCAACGGUUCGACGGCCCUUUACUUACGAAACAACGAUUUGUCGACCGUCUCGAACCACUAUUUCGAGUCCCUCGAUCAAUUGACGUAUUUGGAUUUACGAAAUAAUUCGAUCCGAGACAUCGGGGAUGCCGCGUUUGUCGGAUUGAAUUAUUUGGAAACGUUGCUCUUGGACUACAAUAACGUUUCCGAUCUCCGUCCGAACGUCUGGAAGGGUCUGACCGAACUUCACGAGCUCUAUGCCACCAACAACAAUAUCGUACUGAGGAGAAACGCGUUUAAGGGUUUGAGACAAUUGGAGACGCUCGCUUUGGAUUCUAAUGGAAUAACGGAGAUACCGGUCGGCACCUUCUCUGGGCUACCUCACAUCGAUCUACUUUACUUGUCGAGGAACAAAAUAUCCACAUUUCAGCCCGAUGUAUUUAGUGGGCUGAAUGAGAUAAACGAGUUGGAUCUAGGAAAAAAUCGUUUCCGAUCUCUUCCCGUUGGAGCGUUUCGACAUUUGAAGAGCUUGAAUUCUCUUUGGUUGAACGGGAACGCGAUCGAAGCUAUCGGAAAGGACGCCUUCGAGGGGUUGGACGAUCUCUCGAUCUUGUUUUUGAAUAACAACGAGCUUCGAUACGUCGAUAUGUCGGCUUUCGCCAAAAUGAAGAUCGUCACCGUAGAGCCCGGCUUCAAAAUAAACGACCAACUGGUCGAACAUAUUUCCGAACAUACUGGAAAAUAUCAUUGUACCAACGUUCUCUAUCAGGAACCCUACGACUGCGUCAAGAUCAGAGCGUAGUUCAAAAAGUGACCUGACAAAUUUUAUACGCGUAUAAUAGUCUCUUCUUGUUUCGAUCGAUUGUAAUAUCGUCUAAAGUCAAUUAACGGUGUAGAGUUUCUCAUUCCUAAAAAAAUUUGUCCAAAUAUAAUAGCUUUUAAAAAAUGUAUUAAGUGACUUUGGAAAACGUUUAGUACACACACGUAUAAGACGAAAUAAAAUAAUAUAUUUGCACGAAAAGUGCAAGAAAAGAAUUUAUCGCUCGAUAUCGGUCACGUGGAACGCGCUAUGAUAAAUGUUAAGCAGCUGCGACUGUUAUGCGUAUGUACUAAAAUAAACUGUAUGUAACGCGUCUCCGAGUCGACUACGAGAAAACUAUGCAAAUAGACAAAUACUCGAGCGAGUUGUUGAGAAGUAAAAUUUAUCGAUUUAAUAUC